CAGGAGGGGUAGUCAGAGCCACAGAAAGCAACAGGGACUUCUCCCACUACGUAUAAACUCAUAAAGAAGAAGAAGAGUAACCGACAAAAACUCGCUCGACUCAACUAAGAACCAGGUAUAGAUACCCGUUGGAAUCAUGAAUUACGAAAUGAUUUCAAACCAAUCCAGCCCAAUGUCACACGGAAAUUAUCAUGGUCCUAGCGACCUGCCCAUGGGGUCUGUGAAGGAGCAGACGCUAAUGUGGCAACAAAAUUCGUACAUGGGUGAUUCCGGAAUUCACUCGGGGGUUGCCACCCAGACACCCUCUCUUUCCGGCAAAGAGGAUGAAGAGAUGGAGGGAGAUCAGCUCAUGUUCGAUCUGGAUCAAGGCUUCGUUCAAGGGUUCACCCAAAAUCACGUAGAUGAAAUGAACUCUCAACUGAGCCAUACUCGAUCUCAGAGAGUGCGAGCUUCCAUGUUUCCAGAAACUCUGGAAGAAGGUAUCGAGAUUCCCUCGACACAGUUUGAUCCAGCUCAAUCAACAGCUGUUCAAAGAUUGGCAGAGCCGAGUCAGAUGCUCAAGCAUGCCGUCGUCAAUCUGAUAAACUAUCAAGACGAUGCAGAUCUCGCAACUCGAGCUAUUCCAGAAUUGAUCAAGCUGCUGAACGAUGAGGACCAGGUGGUCGUUUCGCAAGCAGCAAUGAUGGUUCACCAACUCUCGAAGAAGGAAGCCUCGCGUCAUGCUAUCAUGAACAGUUCUCAAAUGAUUGCUGCUUUGUUACGCGCUAUCUCCAACAGUGAUGAUCUUGAAUCCACGAAAGCUGCUGUGGGCACCCUGCACAACUUGUCACAUCACAGACAAGGUCUCUUAGCUAUCUUCAAGAGUUUCGGUAUCCCAGCUCUUGUGAAGUUACUUAGCUCACCCAUGGAGUCUGUUCUAUUUUAUGCCAUCACGACUCUUCACAAUCUUCUCCUUCACCAAGAAGGAUCUAAAAAUGCUGUCAGACUUGCUGGAGGUUUACAGAAGAUGGUCGUUCUCUUACGAAGAAACAAUGUUAAGUUCUUGGCUAUUGUCACUGAUUGUCUACAGAUUCUCGCAUACGGAAAUCAAGAGAGCAAGCUUAUCAUCCUCGCGUCUCAGGGACAUACAGAGUUGGUCCGCAUCAUGCGCACUUACGAUUACGAGAAGUUGCUCUGGACUACUUCCAGAGUUCUAAAAGUUUUGUCAGUCUGCUCGAGCAACAAACCUGCAAUUGUUGAGUCUGAUGGAAUGCAAGCAUUGGCAAUGCAUCUUGGUAGCCCAAGUCAAAGGCUAGUACAGAACUGUCUUUGGACGUUGAGAAAUUUGUCAGAUGCUGCUACUAAAGUGGAGGGUUUGGGAGGCUUGCUUCAAGGACUGGUUCAGGUACUUGGAUCAACUGACGUGAAUAUCAUUACUUGCGCGGCUGGCAUUCUUUCCAAUCUGACUUGCAACAAUUAUCGUAAUAAGGAAAUUGUAUGCCAAGUUGGAGGAAUCGAUGCUCUCGUGCGUACAAUUGUAAAUGCCGGAGACAGAGAAGAAAUCACAGAGCCAGCUGUCUGUGCUCUACGUCACUUGACGUCUCGUCACCAAGGAGCAGAAAUGGCUCAGAAUGCUGUGUGCUCAAAUUAUGGUAUUCAAGUUAUCGUAGAGCUUCUUCAGCCACUUUCCAGAUGGCCGUUGGUGAAGGCGGUCAUCGGAUUGAUUCGAAAUCUGGCCCUUUGUAAUGCAAACCAUGCACCACUGUGCGAACAUGGAGCGAUUCACCAUCUUUGUCGACUUCUCACGAGAGCAUAUCAAGACAUAGAGAGGCAAAGAUCAUCCGUAGCCAGUGCUGGAAGCCAAGCGACACUCGGAGCCUAUGCAGACGGAGUUCGUAUGGAUGAAAUUAUUGAAGGUACUGUCGGAGCUCUUCAUAUUCUUGCACGAGAAGCUCAUAUCCGAAGUGUCAUCCGAUCUCAAAAUGUCGUUCCUAUUUUCGUUCAGCUGUUGUUCCACGAGAUCGAAAAUAUUCAACGUGUUGCGGCUGGCGUUCUUUGUGAAUUGGCAGCGGAAAAGGAAGGCGCGGAAAUGAUCGAACAAGAAGGUGCAACUGCACCUUUGACGGAACUUUUGCAUUCGAGAAACGAAGGUGUCGCCACCUAUGCAGCAGCAGUUUUAUUCCGCAUGUCGGAAGACAAACCGCAAGAGUACAAGAAAAGACUUUCCUUGGAAUUAACCAAUUCCCUCUUCCGUGAAGACCUUAAUUUAUGGGAUGGCGGUGAUUUCGGAAUGGGUCCUGAUUUACAGGACAUUUUUGGGCCUGAUCAAGCCUAUGACGGUAUGUAUGGACAAGGGUCGCCCAGUGUCCAUAGCAGCCAUGGGGGCCGAAACUACCAACAACAAGGUUAUGACCAGAUACCAGUAAAUUCAAUGCAAGAAUUGGAAUUAGGCGGGGGCUCACCUUAUGGCCAAAUGGACACAAUGGAGGUGGCCCAAGGCGAGAUUAGCUUCGAUAAUCUCGAACAGCUUCCUGCGCCACCCCAAGAUAACAACCAGGUGGCCGCCUGGUACGACACAGAUCUCUAAAAAAUUCAUGAUGAUUUAUACGGACUGCCCAAUUGACCACGGCCUACCUGCUGAAUUAUACCCGAUAUUUAAUCGUACAUUUUGAAUAUAAUGUUCCUAAAUUACUAAUUGCAAAAUAAAAAAAUUUAGGUUUCGAAUUUUAUUCAGCUGCAUGAGGGGAAGUUAAGUAGUCGCCAGGAUUAUUCAGAAAAUAACUUUGUGUUACAAGACUUUGAUGAUGGACAAUGACAAUGAUGGAAUAAAUGUACAUAUUGUUACAUAUGAUAGAAAUACUAUAUUUUAAAUCAAUUUAUGAGUAUAUAACUUUUUUAUUAUAGACAAAUGACGUAUUUACUAGUUACUUAUUGAUUAACGACUGAAUUUCACUAUAUGCUGCGAUAAUGAUUUAGGCUAAUAUUCUUUAAAGUAAAUAUGAUUAGUUAUUAUUUUUAUAUUCAUUCGUAUUACUAAACAUUUUAAGAGGAGUCUUCUAUACUAUUAAUCUUAAUCAAAUAUUAAUCUAUUUAAGGCACGAAUUAAGUAAUCACGUAAGAUAAUUUAAGUAUAUGUAAGCGAUUGUGCAUAGCUUAUAGUAUUAUCGAUUUUAUAUCUUAAGUUUUAUAGAAUUUAGUUUUAUAUUUUUCAUAUGAGAUUAUGCAUUAGGAUAGUUCUUUAUUCUUUGAGGCUUGGGCCUGAAGAACCUACACCAAACACUCG